AGGGUUUGGGGGUGGCUAUGGUGGUUGAUGAUACUGUCUACCAUGGGAUGCAGAGCUUCCAAAGUUGAUGAUUUGCCAUUGGUGAUACGUUGUAGAGAGAGAAAGAAAUUGAUCAAGGCCGCUGCGGAAGCCCGGUAUGAUUUCUCCUCUUCACAUCUGGCAUACUUCCAUUCUCUUAAAGAUAUUGGUUAUGCCCUUUCUCGAUUUGUUGACGAACAACUUGUAAUCCCUUCACCCACUCCAUCGUCUCCCGUACUCACAUUGCCAUCUGAUCUAGGUAAGACUAACAAUGGUUCCAUGUCUUCUGGCUCGAUUUCACAUAUUCAUUCAAUUGAUGAUAAUGAGAAUUCAGAAUCCGAUUUGAGUUCGUCUUCAGAUGGCCAUAUUCAUAUACAUGAUGGUGGUUCUGAAAAUAAACCACCAGCGUCCUCGUUUAAUCAUCCCCGAGAUUACAACAAAAUGAAUCCGAAUGACCCUUAUGUUAUUAACGGAGGGUCACGGCCCUAUCAACCUCCUUGGGGAUCAGACCAACCUAAUUGGGGUGAUCCUUAUGUAAUUAACAGAGGACCGCAGCCCUAUCAACCUUCUUGGGGUGACCCUUAUGGGGUGAACGUGAACCCAUCUGCAUUUCCAGAUCGACCUUCUUGGGGACCAAACCAAUCUACUUUGGGUGAGGGUGGCCCAUAUGUGAUGGACCCAUCUGCAUCUCAAUAUCAGCCUCCUUGGGGGACAUAUCAAGAGGAUUUUGAUUCUUACAGUGUAUAUGGUAAUUCAAAUCACUAUGCUUCUUAUAUGAAAAAAUCUGCUCCGGCUAGCCGAACUGUGAUUCAACAUGCAGAAGCAAGGGACUUUCAAGAAACUGGGCAAUGGGUUGAUCCACCACAUUAUGAUCCUUAUCAAAGUGGGGGGAUUUAUGAGUUUUCUUAUGGUGGGCCACCACCUCCCCAAGAACCUAAGCGACCCAAAAGUCCUCCACCACCUCCUCCACCAGUUGAAUCUGAUUAUUUUAACUUUUUUGAUGCUUAUGGUAAUGGUUAUGGAUUUGGGUAUGGAUCUAUGGGUAGUAGUCCUGAUUCAAGUGAAGUUAGAGAGAGGGAGGGAAUUCCUGACUUGGAAGAAGAAACAGAAACCGAGUCUCAUCAUGAAGAAGUUUUAAAGGGAAACACGUUCAAUAGAAGAAGAAAUUCAUGUGAAAGCACAUCCAGAUCAGUUGCCAAAGAAGAUACUCAAGGCAGGGAAGCUCCCAAUAGUACUGAGGGUAGUUCUAGAAGAAUACCACCAAGAAAAAGUGGAGGCUCUUUGAGUUCAGUACCAUCAGAAAAUAAUGAGGGAGCGCAAUCUGUAAACAGUGAAGUAGAUAAGCAUAGCCCUGAGACAGUUGUUUCACAAAGCAUGGGGAAGGGGUAUGAGAAUAAAAAGGGGGAAAGUUUUGAUAUAGAUGAGGUGUCAACACAUGAGUUUGAAUCCUCAAUCUUGAGUAGUUUGACAACAUUAUCUGCUCAUGGUUCUCGAGAUCUUCAGGAGGUAGUUAAUGAAAUCAAGGAUGAAUUUGAUAGUGCCUUUGGUUAUGGGAAGGAGGUUGCCUUGAUGCUUGAGGCAGGGAAGUUGCCUUAUCAAUCAAGGUUUGCAGUUCUUAAGGUGGUCUUGUCCAGGAUUCUCUAUCCGUUAGGACCUCCAUUUGCAUCAUCAGACCAUCCAAUACAAUCAGCAAGGUCAUGUUCUCGAGUAAUGAAACUAGCAGGAUCCUAUAAUGUGGAUGCAGUUCCAGAUGUUGGGUUCACCAACCUUUCAUCUACUUUGGAGAAGCUAUAUGUGUGGGAAAAGAGGUUGUACAAGGAAGUGAAGGAUGAAGAGAGGCUAAGAGUGAUGUAUGAGAAAAUGUGCAAGAGGCUGAAUGAAUUGGAUGCACAUGGAGCAGAAUCUAGUAAGAUCGAUGCUGCACAAACUUCUAUUCGGAGGUUAUCGACUAAGCUUAAUGUGUCUAUCAAAGCUAUUGAUGCCAUAUCUAGCGAGAUACACAAGGUGAGGGACAAGGAAUUGCAGCCACAAGUCAGUGAGUUAAUCUAUGGGUAUGAACAUCUUCUCAAUGUUGGUAUUUACAACCAUCAACUCUUACUGAUAAGAAUGUGGCAAUCGGUUGUUAAAUGUCACCGGAAGCAGUUCGAAGCCUUCAUGGAGAGCAGAAGUCGGACGUUAAGGGCAAACACGAGCCUUGUAAGCUUGAGAGCCGUGCUUGAGCUGCAAACAGUACUUAUAACCUGGUGCCAACAUUUUAAUGACUGGAUUGAUGCCCAGAAAUCAUACGUUGAUUCCUUAAACGGGUGGCUACAGCAUUGUAUUGAUCAUGAACCAGAAGUAACCAUUGAUGGCGAGAUCCCUUAUUCCCCAGGUCGUAUAGGAGCUCCACCGAUUUUUGUCAUAUGCAACGACUGGCACCGUGAAAUAAGCGGCAUUUCACAAGAUCGAGUCUCCAAAGCAAUACAUGGUUUUGCUUCAAAUUUGAGGCAACUGCUCGAAAGACAAGAUAACAUUCAACGUUUAAUGCUUAAAAAGGAGUAUCUUGCCAAGGAUUUUGCGAGAAAACAUCAGAAUGUAGGGAAGAAGACACGAGAUUCGUUGGCGGAUAAAACAGGCGGGUCAAUGGUUCCCUCGGAUAGUGGAGUGGAUCUGGAUUCUUUGAGAAAGGUGGAAGAAGAAUGGGAAAGGCACAAGGAAGCUGCUAUGAAGUUGGUUGAUAAGGGUAGUUCAACUAGUUUACAAGGUGGUGUCAUUCCAAUCUUCAAGGCACUAGAAAAUUUUACUUGUGAUGCUUUAAAAGCUCAUGAGCAGGUAAGAUUGCAACAACAGUCUUGAUAUAAUCAGGGUAAAUUAGGAAACAUGUGAAGGCUAGUUUAAUGUCAGGAUUACCAGUUUAUCAAAUGGUUUUAGGUUUAUUAAUAGGGUUGGGUUUCCC